GUGGAAGCAAGACGACUGCCGCUUCUGCUGUUCUUACUCUUGGGUGCCGGCCUAUUUCGCUCUCCUUGGGAUCGAUGGCCUUAAAGUGUUUUCUUACCCUCGAACGCUGGAAAUUAUAGCAUUUUCUCCAAAGGGGCAAUUUUCUGUAGAAUUGGCUAUUUAAAUGGCAGCACAAGAUUGAAGAAAACACAUUUAACUGUGGAAAGGCCAUCGACAGUAGCUACUCCCUGUCUGCUCUUUCUGUCUUUGUGACAACCCUGAGGGCAGACGGGCAGACUGGCUUUGCUGUGACUCAGUGCCCUUUUAUACAGCUCAUGAAAUAGAAGUUGCUUUGAAAAGCAAAACUUUUUAGGUCAGAUCAAUCUUUCUGACUGAAGGGAAGAAAGGAAAGCCAUGGAAGUUGAGUUCUGUGUUUCCAACCGAAGAGGAACAUCCUCCUUCCCCCUGGUGGGAUUCUGCAAGAAACAGGAAGAUGAAUCUCACCAGCAAAUCCUCACGAGAUUGCAUUUGCCCUGUCUUCACUCUCCCUCUGCUUGAGACUUUAAGAUUUUCUGCGGUGCCCUUUCAAAUUGGAACCCACCUUAGUCCACUGAGGAUUUCUAAUGUCAGCAGUGACUCUGGAAGUUCAUCUCAUCCCAGCACACCAAUGGAUCAUGGCCACUGCCUCAAAAGGAAGUGUCUCUAAUUUUAGAUUGGAACCAGGAGGAUCUCUCAAGUUUGCUAUUUUAGCAACACAAGCCAAGAUUAUCAGCAUGCUUUUGCUGCUUCUAGCCUUGCCAUGCCCUUCCUCUGGCCGACAGACAGAUUCUGCUACUCACUUGAAUGUAGAUGGGAAAUGGUGAAAUAAAGGGAGAAAAGAACAACAGGAACAGAUUAACAUUUUAAACUACUCUAGCACGUUUGAAAGAUGUGAGAGUUGAAUUCAUGGGAGAAGUUCCACUGGGAAAAAGGUAUUGGUCCUGAAAAUGGGGUCUGUGCGAUGGCAGAGACUGUAUUGGACCGCGGUCCCCAGAAGGCUCUGAUGUCACCGUUGAGGUCAGAGAAUCCUGCGGUGGGCCUAGUGACCUUUGAACCCUAACAGCCCUGGGUUGUAGUGGGCACUGGACAGUGCUGUGCGUUCUCUAAAUGGUCUGAGGUCUUCAGACAUUUGGGAGACUCGACUAUUUUUAUUUGUACUGAAUCAUUUCAACGGAUUUCCUGAGAGCCACGAAGGGCCAACCUGUAGGGAAAAAGAGGAGCAAGACAUUAGAAGAGCAUCUUCUAAGGGACUCUUCUGGCUGGUGUUAUGAAACAGCGCCAAAAGAGGAAACAUCUAGAAAAUGAGGAGGCCCAGGAAACUGCUGAGAAGGGAGGAGAAAUCUCCAAGUCACAAGAAGAUGCCCCCCAGCUUAAAUCGACUGAAGUGGCCAAAGGCUGUGGCCCAGGGGUAGAGGAGGCAUCCUCUGCCUCCGAAUACUUCUCCUGUGUUUCUACUCCACGCAAACUCAUCCAUGGUGGAAUCCGGAGAUUACAUCGAGACAGUCCCCAGCCUAGAUCCCCCCCAGCCCAGGUUCAGGAACAAGGGGAGACUGCUCCCCUCUCACCACAUGUAUCCUUCUCGUCCCCUUCAUCCUAUAAGACCUGUGUGUCCUCUCUGUGUGUAAGCAAAGAGGGAAGGGGCCUGAAAAUAUACUACAUGCAGGUACGAAUGAAAAAGGGUGUGGCUGUCUCCUGGGACACAGAGCAAACCUCGGAGUCACUAGGAAAGCAGCCGAGGAUGGAAGAGGUGAACCUUCCUGAGGACGUGCGAGUAGGUACUCCCCCCUCUGAUGUAUCCACCAGAAACCUCCUGUCUGACAGUGAGCCCAGCGGGGAGGAGAAAGAGCAUGAAGAAAGAGCAGAGUCAGACAACCCACCAGGGUCCUCCACAGUUGAGGAGAGACCCAGGGCCAAGACACCUGACUGGCUGGUGACCGUGGAGACUGGCUUCAGGUGCAUGGCCUGCUGCCGGGUCUUCUCCACCUUGGAGAUCCUCCAGGAGCACGUACAGUUCGGGAUCAGGGAGGGUUUCAGCUGCCAUGUCUUCCAUCUCACCAUGGCUCAGCGGACAGGCAGUGUGGACUCAGAGAGUACCCAGGAGGAAGAGGAGGAGGAGAAUGAGGAGGAAGAGGAGGAGGAAGAAGAGAAGCAAGAAGAAAAGGAGAAGGAGGAGGAGCAGCCCGCGGCAGAAGACCCUGAUAUGAAGAGGCCCUGGAGCCAAUGUCCAGGCUUUGUGUUUCAUUCUCCAAAGGACAGGAACAACUGAGAUUCAUGGGCCAGAAGAUCCUGGAAGAUGGUGUGACCUUCUCUUGGGAAAGGUAAGGCCUGAGGUUGGCACAGUCUCCUAGGCCUACGUCAUCAAGGCCCCGAGGAGCCUAAGGGAAGGGGCUGCAGAGCUGCACUGGGUUGCCUGGUGGCUCUGCAGCUGCAUCAACUUGUAGGAGACCCAACGCUUCCAGGGAAUUGACUUCCAUGAUUUGCACGAGAAAGUGGUGAGUUUUGAUAGGAGUUCUCUCAGUGUGUCCACGAUCGACUUCACUCUAAGAGGAAAUAGUGCCAGCAGCCCUUCUCGGCAGAGAGAGCUCAGCACAACCUUGAGGACCAGGAGGGUCUGAAGAAAGGAUAGGGGCCUUUGCAGGGCCAGAGGUUUAAGGGCUGAGAGUCUUUGGCCUGAGCUGGGAUCUCACUGUGGCCCAUAUAGACCUCUGAGAGAAAGGGGAAUGUGGAGAGGAAGAUACAUGAAAAUGAGAUCUGGGAAUGGCCCAGAACCUUCAUUUUGCUGUAUUUGAUCUGGAAAUGGACUCAUUGUGGUGUGCGUGGUUCUGAGCUUUAAGACAAAGUGAAAGGAAACUGACUAGUAGAGCUCAUACUGCUUCUUGUCUCUUCCUGUGGCCUCAUUUGUUUUCUCACGUCCAGGGAGAAGAUAGGACCAUCGAGAUAGCAGCAGACAGAAUACCAGUGGUAUGAAGGAAGAUGAAGGGACCAGUACUCAGUCUAACAUAUAAACAU